UCUUCCGGAAACAUUGUCAGGCACAUUCAAUGUUAUGCACAGGUGUUUGAAAGUCGGAAUACACAUUACAAAUAUAGUUAUUGUUUAUUUACAUCAAAAACUGGAUAUGAUUAUUACUUUAAAGGAUAUGUGACAAUGGGAGAAAGGUACAAGGGGGGAUGGUGGAAGUCUUACCAUGGCACCUGGCUGUAUGUCUGGAGUCUAUUCUUGCUCCAGUUGGCUUCCUCGAGCUCCGCCUUGGUUUUGAAUGACAACUUUAAUUUUACACGAGAUACAUACAAUGCAACUAUCUACGAAAAAGCUCCAGGAAAAACGUAUGUCACGUCUUCUCAUAAAAUGGGAAUUACUGUUUCCAACCCGUGGCUUUCUGUGAAUUAUAAAAUAUUUGAUGGUGAUAACUUAAAUGUGUUCAAAGCAGAGGAAUAUCGUGUUGGUGAUUUCUAUUUUCUCAGAGUAAGGACGCUAACAAGUAGUCAUGGGAUACUAAAUAGAGAGUUGGAAAGUCGAUAUCAUUUGAAAAUUAAAGCUGUUGGUAAAAUAGAGCCAGGAAUAACAAAAACGGCAACAUGUGAUCUCAUUAUAAAUGUUCUCGAUGAGAACGAUUUGCAUCCAUUGUUUGACAAAGAGAUGUAUGAUGUAACUGUCAGUGAAAACGCACCAGUACAUUCCAGUAUAGUACAGGUAUCAGCAUCUGAUGGAGAUAUUGGGAUUAAUGCAGAAAUUUACUAUAGUUUUAUAAAGAAGACAGAUGAUUUUGCCAUUCAUCCAACAAGUGGAGUGAUAACUGUUACCAAACAGUUGAAUUAUUUAGUUCAAGCAAAAUAUGACCUUGAGGUAGAAGCUCAAGAUCGGGGACCAAAGACUUUAAGAAAUGGGGAUUUGAGAAAAGCUUUAGUUCGUAUUACUGUCACUCCUGCAAAUUUCUUUGCUCCUGAUAUAAAAGUAAAGCAAUUGCCAUUUCAUCACAUGAAAAAUAUCAAUGGUACUACAUUUGCCAUAUUGACAGUGACUGAUUCAGAUGUAGGAACAAAUGGACUUAUUCAAAGUGUCAAAAUCCUAUCUGGUGAUAAAGACAAUCAUUUUAAAAUCGUUAAAAGUGCCAUAUCAGAUGAGUAUUUACUUAUCUUAAAUAAGUCUGUGAUUACUGGUGACAAUUCAGUAUCAGAUUUGGACUUGACCUUGACAGUUGAAGCAACUGAUACUGGUAGUCCUUCUAAAAAGUCAUCCACACAAAUCAAAAUAAACAUUGAUUUAGGUCUUAAUGGAGCUCCUAAAUUUAUCUCAGAUUCAUACCAAGCAUCAAUUGAAGAGUCAGUACCCAUUGACACAUCUGUAAUCCAUUUAAGUGCAACAAAAGACAAGUUUAACAGAAAUUCUGAAAUUAUUUACAAAAUUGUUGCUGGAAAUGAUGAAAAUUGGUUUUCUAUUAAUAAAGUUACAGGCUUAAUAGAAACUAAUGGUGUUGUUGAUGCAGAGGUCAGUUCAGAGGUCAUCCUGACGAUUUUAGCAAAAGAUAAAAUUAGUCAACAAACUUCAACGACCAAUCUUACUGUCACAAUACUAGAUUGUAAUGAUAACCCACCUAAAUUUGAUAUAAAAGAAACCGAUAUUUCAUUCGAGGAAAACCUUACGAUUGGAUCAAUGGUUUACAAAGUUCAUGCUAUUGAUCCUGACAAAGGUGACAAUGGCGUUGUAAGUUACUCUAUCCGAAAUCUCCAAAAUGUUCCAUUUGAAAUCGAUCAUUUUACCGGAGAAAUAAAAACAACUAAAGUUUUAGAUUAUGAAACAAUGAAAAGAAAUUAUCCAGUUUACAUUGCAGCAUCAGAUUGGGGCAAACCAUACAAACUAGAAUCUUACAUCACUUUGAAUUUUCAUCUACGAAACAUAAAUGACAAUAAACCGCUGUUCGAAAAAUCCACAUGUUCUGGUUACCUGUCCAGAGAUGCACCAGUUGAUACCUCCGUUACUGUUAUAACUGCUGUAGACUUUGACAACAGUAUCAUAACAUACAACAUCGAAGAAGGCAAUGAUGAUGGAUGCUUUGAGCUGAUUCCAAGUACUGGUUUACUGUCCUUGAAUUGCUCCUUUUCUGAUGACUCGACAGAUAAACUUACUCUUAAGAUAACAGCAUCAGAUGGAAAGUUCACAUCCGAAUCUGUUAAUAUUGAUAUCACUUUGGUUAAUAACAAAAGGAACUCUCAGUUAGCAAAUUCAGAUGCUAAUAUUGUCUGUUCUUCCACCAAUGCCACUAUGGAGCUGGCAAAACUGAUGCAAAUCUCCCGUCUUAACAAUGAAGGAAUAAGUGAACAAAUUGUAGAAAGCCCAAAUCUUAAUCUUCAAAAUUUUCACACCCCAGUCUUUAACUCGUCAAAUGUACAUCAUUUGAAAGUGGAUGAAUCUGCUGCAGUCGACACACUUUUAACACAGGUUGUGGCUCAUGAUGAUGAUAAAGGAUAUAAUGGAAUGGUUAUUUAUGUCAUUGUUGCGGGGGACCCUUUUGAUCAGUUUACAUUGGAUUUACAUAAUGGAAGUUUGUUCAUUAGUUCUGCUCUGGAUCGUGAAAGUAUUGCAAAAUAUGAUUUAGAAAUACGGGCAACUGAUUCUGCCCCUUUGGAAUUAAGAAAAUCUGCCAGUAUGAACAUUACUGUUGAAAUUAUCGAUGCAAAUGAUAACCCACCAGUCUUUGAAAAGGAAAAAUAUGAAACCGAGGUUUCUGAAGGUAUUGGAUUUAAUGCAACUAUUUUACAAGUUUUCGCUGAGGAUAAAGAUGAAGGAGAAAACAGCAGAAUUCAGUAUUGGAUCAUGGCAGACAUGCCGGAGUUCUUCAUUAAUCCUGGUAAUGGAAUAAUCACAGUGAAAAAGUCUCUGGAUAGAGAGCUUCAUGAUGUAUAUUAUAUCCCAGUGUUAGCUCGUGAUCAUGGGUCACCUUCCCACUCGGCUACUACAACUGUUACCUUAAAUAUCUUGGAUGAAAAUGAUAAUAUACCAAAAUUUGUCCCUGAAAAUUAUGAUUUGAAGGUGCGUGAAGAUUUACCUGUCGGAUCUGUCAUUGCAACGGUCAAGGCCAUCGAUGAUGAUGCAGGAGAAAAUGGAAAGCUUGCCUAUAAACUGAAUCAUGGAACUGAUGGAAAGUUCGAAAUAGAGGAAACAACUGGUACUGUACGGAUUGCUAAACAAUUGGAUUUUCAGACCAAACAAGUGUAUAACAUCAGUGCAUUUGUAUCGGAUGGUGGGAAUCCACCUCUAAAAUCAGCAUGUUUUAUAAAUAUUGAAGUGAUGGAUGUAAACGAAAAUCUACAACCACCAAAAUUCAAAAAUUUCUUUGAAAUAGGAUAUAUAAAUGAAAAUAUGCCGAUAAGUUCUGUUGUGCUGCAAGUCAAAGCAAUAGAUCCAGAUGCACAUCCGGAUGAACUGAAUCCAGUCGUGUAUUCCAUAAGAGAUGGUAGUGGUCUUGGCAGAUUUAAAAUUGAUUUCAAUGGAACAAACAGCAAUGAUUUUGCAGGAACUAUAACCACAGCACAGGUUUUAGACAGGGAAUCAGCUACUCAUUACUGGUUGUCUGUUUAUGCACAAGACCGUGGAUUGGUCCCCCAACAUGCUCGGCUGGAUGUAUACAUCAAAGUUCUGGAUGUCAAUGACAACAUCCCCCAGAUGUCACAACCAGUGUACUAUAUGGAGGUCAAGGAGAAUUCCAAACAAGAUGUUGUUGUUGGCCUGGUCGAAGCUACAGAUAAAGAUGAAAACCCAUCAGAGGAGCUGACAUUUUCCAUUACAAAAGGAAAUGCACAGAAACAUUUUCAGAUAGAUGAACAUACAGGUGUUAUAAGAACAACAAGAGCUACACUGGACAGAGAUGAGGGAGAUUCACAGCACCUACUGGAGAUUACAGUCAAUGAUAAUGGAGUUCCAAAUCUGUCCUCUACAGCAAGAGUUCUUGUUGAAGUCCUGGACCAAAAUGACAACGCUCCAGAUUUUCGUAUCCAUUCCCAUCAGGUCAGAAUCCUCCGACCAAAGACAGGAAGUAAGCAAAAUCCAGUCUAUAGAGUAUUUGCCGUGGACAAAGAUGAGGGUCUUAAUGCUGAGUUGUCAUACAGGAUGCAAGGAAAGCGAGCCAGCAAAUUCUAUGUGGAGAAAACCAGUGGUCAAAUCUAUGUUGAUGAAAUUGAGCCUGGAUCAUAUAGUUUUAGGGUUAGAGUAUAUGACCGUGGUGACAACAGACAGAAAGACUCUUGUAAGGUCAUGGUUGAGGUAAUAGAGGGACCAAAAGCAUCAGCUAGCCAACCAGUAUUUGAUCAAGUGACUUACAAGUUUGACAUAGAGGAGAAUGCUGAGAUAGAGGACUUUGUUGGAAUGACAGAAGCUACAGAUGCUGACUUUGAUAAAUUAUGGUAUCAUGUUAUUGAUGGAGAUGAUGACAAUCAAUUUGAUGUAAAGACUGAGUCUGGUACUCUCCUAGUGGCUAAAAAACUUGACUGGGAGACGAAAAAUCAUUACAACCUUACAAUCAGUGUUACAGAUGGAAUACAUGUUACACUCACUACAGUAUACAUCAAUGUAAUAGACAUCAAUGAUAACAGUCCUUUGUUUCUAAGUCCAUCUUACGAAACAACUCUACCUGAGAACACCGAUGUCGGCAUGAGUAUACUGAAAGUCUCGGCCAUGGACAGGGAUGAAAAUAAUCGUCUUUUCUAUACCAUAACAGCAGCUGAGAAUGAAAUCAGCAUCAAUAAAUUUGACAUUGACUCUAGAACAGGUGUGAUUACUGUGAAAGAAGAAUUGGAUAGAGAAGUGAUUUCUACACAUGAAUUGACAAUCAUGGUUAGAGACCAGGGGAUCCCAUCUAAUCGUAACUUUACACGGGUUAUAGUUAAAGUAACAGACCAUAAUGACCAUGCUCCAAAGUUUUUAUCCAGUACCAUAGAAGGGAGAGUAUUUGAAUCUGCGGCUGUUGGUACAUCUGUAGUGGAAGUAAUAGCCCUUGAUGAUGAUAAAGGAGAAAAUGCUGAAAUAUCCUACAGUAUUCAGUCUGGUAACAUUGGAGACAUGUUUGAAAUUGAUGAAACUCUUGGAUUGAUCAGUGUCAAAAGACAGCUUGACAAAAACCAAAGAGGAGAAUAUAGUCUGAUUGUAAAGGCAGCAGACAAAGGGAAACCACCACAAAGCAGUACCGCCACUGUCAAUAUUUACGUCACAAUUUCCAAUAAUGCACCUCCAAAAUUUACAGGCACUAAUUACAUAGCAGAAAUUAAUGAGGAUAUUAAAAUUGGAUCUAAUGUUGCCGUUCUUGAAGCAAAGAGCCAGUCAUCAGUUUAUUAUGAAAUAAUUCAAGGUAAUGAAGGAGACAAGUUCGCCAUAAAUCCCAAUUCUGGUGUGAUUUACGUGAAGAAUAAAAUAGAUUAUGAACAGGUGAAAUCGUAUGAUUUAAUGGUAUCAGCUGCUAACAUUGUUGGUUAUUCCGCUGUGACUACUGUUAAAAUACAUGUAAUUGAUAUCAACGAUAAUACCCCAGAAUUCAGUCGGCAGGUCUACGAGGGAACUAUUUCUGAAGCAGCUCAGAUUGCAAGUGUCGUUGUAACUACAGAGAAUAAACCACUUGUCAUUCACGCUACUGAUCAGGAUGAAAAUGAUAAUGGCCGAUUAAGAUUUGAAAUAAUUGACGAAGAUGCGAAGAAAUACUUUGUAAUUGAUGCAAAUACCGGAGCAAUUAGAACUGCAGUUCUCCUUGAUCAUGAAACAAUGAAUAAGAUUGAGUUCAGUGUUGAUGUUUCUGAUCAGGGAAGUCCAGUGUUAAAAUCACAUCAACCGGCCAAAGUAAUAAUACAUAUAGAAGAUGUAAAUGACCAUGCCCCAGUAUUCAUGCCAAAGGGACUCUCCGCAAUCCUCCUGUUACCUACAGCCAAGGGUGUACAAGUCACGCAGGUCACAGCAACCGACCCAGAUACAAAAUCAUCGGAUAAUGUCAAAUAUCGAAUUUUACAUGACAACAAUGGUGACAGUCAUUUCAAUAUAGAUCCAUCAUCAGGAUUAAUUACUGUGACAAAUUAUAAUGAACUUAAAACAAGCUAUAGUUUAACAGUUGAAGCUUCAGACGGAAAGUUUCAAACAACUUCAUUUGUUAAUAUUACUGUGAAAACAUCACACAGUAGUGGAUUAGUGUUUAGUUCACAAGAAUAUCUUGUAACCGUUCCUGAAAAUAAGGAAAUACAUGACAAUCUGAUGGUUGUCCAAGUAGUGAACUUCGCAAAUGAUCCUCUAGUGUUCAAUCUUCUAAAUGGAAAUGAUAUGUUCAUUAUGGGGCAAACCUCUGGUGUUCUCCAAACCAAACAGAAAAUGUUUGACAGAGAGGAAAUUUCUAAUUACGAUCUUGUUGUUAGUGUUGAGGAUUUAAAUGACCCACCUCGUAAAGCACAUGUUGUUGUUAAGGUCAAUAUUGAGGAUGAGAAUGAUAACAGCCCUGUGUUUCUCAAUCAGCCAUACGAUACAGUUGUUGCCAUUAGUGCUAAAGUUGGAACACCUGUCAGACAGUUAACCGUUCAAGAUAGAGAUACAGGUGAUAAUGGAAAGGUGGAGUUUACAAUGGCCAAGGGAUAUAAAGACAAAUUCUCUGUAGAUAAAGUGGAUGGACAGGUUAAGUUGAUGAGUCCACUAGAGAAGGCAGAUGAAGGACAGACAGUACUGACCGUAAUAGCCAGUGAUUUAGGUUCUCCUAGCAAAAGUUCUUCUGUGAAUGUCACUGUGACAAUUAUUGGUAGUGAACAUCCAGUAUUUGAGAAACAGUUCUAUACCACCUCCAUCAAAGAAGAUGUAGCAUUAUUUACCCCGGUCAUCAGCGUGAAAGCCUCAAGUCCAAAUGGUCACAAACUUAUCUACAGCAUUACUGGUGGCGAUCCAUACAAAGAAUUCUCUGUUGACUACAAUAUAGGCAAAGAUGUGCUGGGUCCAUGUGUUGUUUCGGUUGUUAGCCCUCUAGAUUAUGAGUCAACAAAAGGGUACGAUCUUACAUUAACAGCUAAGGAUGUCAAAACUGGAUCUGUAGCAGAAACCAAACUGAGAAUAAGUGUUGUGGAUGUGAACGACAAUAAACCAGUAUUUUCUAAGUUCAAAUACACUAGUUUGCUGUCAGAAUCUGUUCCUAUUGGUUCUUCUGUUGCCAUGGUGACUGCUACUGAUGCAGAUGUUGGAACAAAUGGCCAAGUGUACUACAGCUUAGUAUCAGCACAUAUCGACAGUGAGGAUGUCAGCCAUUUUGAGAUCGAUUCUGAAUCUGGUCACAUAAUUACCACCAAGAUAUUAGAUUAUGAGGAGCAGCAUGAAUUUAAUGUCAUUGCCAUAGCAACUGAUGGCGGUUCAAACAAGCAUUUUACAACAGCGCCAUUACACAUAAUUUUACAAGACUUAAAUGAUAAUCCUCCAUACUUUGUACAGAAAUCAUAUGAUUGUACAAUAUUUGAUCAACCAAGCAGUUCAUAUGUUGUCAAGGUAAUGGCAUCUGACCCUGACCCUUGUAGUGAAGGUAAUUUACAGUAUAGCAUUGUUGGUGGAAAUAUUGAUCAGGUUUUCCAUGUGAAUCAGCAGACAGGAUUGAUCAGUUUAUCCAGCAGACGUAACAGCCAACUCCAGCAUGCAUAUAUUCUUAAUAUAUCUGUCACUGAUGGUGUCUUUACUGCAUUCACUCAAGUUAGUCUGUCCGUCAAAAGUUCCAAUAACCAUACACCAAUGUUCACAAGACAGUUGUAUAGAGCAACCAUUCUAGAGAAUCUUGGGAAGGGAAUGAUUGUCACCAUGGUAACAGCUUUUGAUGAAGAUCCAGGAACCAAUGGGAUGUUGACUUAUUCCAUACCAAGUGACGAGAUGAAGCAGUUCUUCAGUAUUGAUGCUGAUACAGGUGAAAUAUUUUCUGAGUUUGAUUUUGAUCGAGAGAAACGUGACUUCUAUCAGAUACCUAUUGCAGUAACAGACAAUGCUGGGAGAAUAGGAUUUUCAAUGGUUGAAGUUACCAUUAGGGAUCUUAAUGACAAUCCUCCACGUUUCCUGAGAAAUGAAUAUAAACUUGUUGUCUCCCCUGGUGCUGCUGUUAACUCUUCUUUCUCAAAGAUUGAAGCUGUGGAUAUGGACAAAGGAACAGGAGGCAGAGUGAGAUAUGAACUAGCUAAACUAGAGAAACUGUUUGACAUUAAUCCUUAUACUGGAGAUCUCAUAGUCAAAAUGGAUUUGAAGGAUUUCGCUAAUCAAGUGUACCAGUUCUUUGUUCAUGCUAUAGAUGAAGGUGAUCCUAUUUUAGACUCAUCAGUUGCUGUUCAAGUUUAUGUUAUGGGCAAAAAUGAUAUUGCGCCAAGAUUCCAAGCUUCCAAGAAAAUGUAUUUUACAGUAUCUGAAGAUGAAACGGUAUUUAGUCGUCUUAUUGUUGCUGAGAGUCACAUUCCAGUGAAGUACUACAUAAUACAUGGAAAUACUCCCGAUACAAACUAUCCUCCAUCAUUUGAAAUCAGUCAUGGCGGUAAACUGAAAUUGAUUAGGAAAUUGGACUAUAACGAUAUUCAGAAAUAUCAUUUAACUGUACAAGCCAAAACUAUCAGUACUCCUUCAUUGUAUGAUUAUGUAGAGGUUAUAAUUAUAGUUACAGAUUCUAAUAAUAAAGACCCUGUAUUUGAAUCGGACAAGUAUCAUACAAUGGUUAUAGAGAACAGUAAGCCAGGGGACCAUGUUAUUCAAGUUCGUGCCAUGGAUGAAGAUUCUGACUUUGAAAUCAGAUACAGUUUUGGGGAGGAUAGUAGUGGAAUGUCCAAAAUAUUUGACCUUGACUCUAUAACUGGUUGGAUUUCAUUGAUUAACCCAUUAGACAGGGAAACCACUGACCAAUAUAAUUUCACCAUUGUUGCCACAGACAUUAAAGCACAAAGGGAACAGAAGAGUUUCACGAGAGUCCUUGUGGAUGUAACAGACCAGAAUGAUAAUCCACCGAUUUUCUCCCGUCCAUCCUACAUUGCUGCUGUAAAUGAAGGAGCUGCUUUAGGUACUGUAUUACUAGAACUUUCUACCACAGAUGAAGACAUAGGAGCUAAUACCAAUGUAGAGUAUAUAAUCAUUGAUGGUGAUAAACUUGGAAAGUUCCAUGUACGAGGAACUGGAGAGGUUAUUGUGAAUAAACCUCUGGAUCGUGAAAAUGAUUCCCAAUACACACUGGUUGUAGCUGCUACUGAUGGAGGGAUGUCAACAAUGACGAAGGUUACCAUAACUAUACUUGAUGAUAAUGACAAUGACCCUGUCUGUGAUGAGCCCAUUCAUCCAUUGAUUCUGUCAGAAGAAAAAUCAGUCGGAAGUAUAAUUGUUCGUGUCAAGGCAACUGAUGCAGAUGAUGCAUCAACUGUUAAUGCAGAAAUUAGCUAUGUCAUUAGGGCAGGCAACGAGAAGCAGAAAUUUAACCUGGAUAAAAGUACAGGUAUAUUGACUGUAAAAUCAGAACUUGACAGAGAAGAAAUUGAUAAUUACCACCUGUCAAUUAAUGCUGUGGAUGGAGGAGGCAGAACAUGUGACAUAGAUGUAUUUAUAGAUCUGAGUGACAUUAAUGAUAACAGUCCACGCUUUAUUGACAUUCCAGAGACUUUCCAGGUGAUAGAAUCCACACCAGCAGACACAUUGUUAAUGAGAGUUAGAGCAGUGGAUGAUGAUUUAGGUAUAAAUAGACAAGUUAAGUACAAUCUGAAAGACGAUGCUGAUGGUAGCUUCACACUGGACCCAGAAACAGGAGUCAUAACUCUUGUGACUUCACUUGACAGAGAAAAGAAAGAUCUGUACAAACUGAUGUUGGAAGCCUAUGACAUGGGAAAUCCAAGCUUGACGGGAGAAGUCCUUCUAAAAAUAGCCGUACAGGAUGAGAAUGACAACCCACCAGAGUUUGUACGUAGCAGCUACAUUGUAUCAAUCAUUGAGGAUUCCAGCAUUAGCUCUGAUGUAGUUACAGUCACAGCAACCAGUAAAGACAUAGGAAUCAAUGCUAAGAUGUUGUAUAUGAUCUCAGCUGGAAAUGUUGACGGACAUUUUAAUAUUGAUACUGAUACUGGUAUGAUACAAGUGGCUAAGACAUUAGACCAUGAGACAACAUCAGAAUACAUCCUAACCAUCAUAGCACAUGAUAGAUCCUCCGCCCCACUCAGUAGUUCUACGUUUGUUACUAUAAAUGUGACAGAUGUCAAUGAUAACCAACCAGAAUUUGUACAGAAUCCAUACAAACUGACUCUCAAGGAAGAUGUGCCUGUUAAUGAAGUCAUUCUACAUUUGACAGCAUCUGAUGCAGACACCAACUCCGUCAUUCUGUAUUCUAUCAUCAAGGGAAAUACAAUGAACAAGUUUGAUGUCAAUCCUAAAGAUGGAAAACUUCUGAUAAAGAAUAACCUAGACAGAGAAAUGGUAAACAAUUUUGAGCUAACUUUAAGGGCAUCUGAUGGUCAGUUGAGCAGUGAGACAUUGGUCAUUAUUGAUGUAUUAGAUGUUAAUGACUGUCCUCCUAAAUUCUCCGAAGCCAACUACUCAGCUGUUAUACAGAGACCACGGGAGGGGAAUGAGGACAGACAUGUUGGAUAUGAAAUUCUGUCAUUCUCUGUAACGGAUGAUGAUUUACCGCCAAAUGGUGAACCUUUCUCCUACGACAUCGUCAGCGGUAACCAAGGUGGGGAAUUCAUGGUUAACUCGAAUGGUGUAUUGACCACUGCCAGGAGAUUCAAUCGUCAUGUUCAGAACCUUUAUAAUUUGGUAGUCAGAGCUUAUGAUUUUGGAAGUCCUCUUCUUCAUUCUGAAGUUCCAGUUGUGAUCGAGAUCAUUGAAGAAGGCAAUAAUCCACCAAAAGUUUCCGAUAUUGAUAUUUCUGUAAUGUCAUUCAAAGAUUCUUUCCCGGGAGGUAUUAUUGGAACGUUAAAUGCUGUGGAUGAGGAUAUAUUUGACGAGCUAACUUUUGAGAUUAUUUCAACAAAUAAGAAUCUUUUUGAUAUAGAUAAAUAUGAUGGUAGAAUAAUGGCAUUUAAAAACAUUGAUCCAGGAAGGUACAAUGUUAAUAUUAGCGUGACAGAUGGUAGAUUUCAAAGUUAUGGAAUCGUCAGUGUUGAAGUUGUUGGAAUUUCAGAUGACAUGAUAAAAAAUUCUGUAACAAUUCAGUUCCAUAGCCUUAGCGUGGAAGACUUCUUUAAUAAACAUCUUAAAGAUUUUAAACGUGUUUUGAAAAGAGAAUUGAAUGUUAGGUCAAAGGAUGUUGAAAUCAUUAACGUACAAACAUCUAAAUUUGCUUCAUCUUCAUUUGGUAAAAGAAGAAAACGAGACAUUAGCUCUGACCUUGAUGUCCUCUUUGUCAUUAAAAGAAACCAGAAUACAUUCAUGCGUGGCAAACCUCUCAGUAAAAAAGUGGGAGCAGCUGUUCCAGCCAUUGAACAAGCACUUCAAGUAAAAGUCAUAAAGGUGUUUGGUGACAUAUGUACACAUAGUUCAUGUAAGGAAGGCGAAUGUGAAGGUUAUAUUGAAUUUGACUCGGACAAUCUGACACCAGUAAGGAUGGGGAGUAAGAGUACUGUCACAGCUCGUCAUCGAUACUUAUACAAAUGUGUUUGUCCCGAUGGAUCAACAGAUGACAGUUGUGAUAAGAUACCUGCAGUUUGUCCUGAUGAUGCCUGUCCACAAACCAAGAUGUGUAAGAUGAAUUCUGACCAGAGAGGUUACCUAUGUGUGUGUCCCCCAGGGAUGUCAGGACAGCACUGUGAUGAGGAGGAGAACUUCUGUACAGACUCUAGCUGUAGAAUAGGAGACAAGCCAAUGACAUUCUCUGGUAAGAGUUAUGCCAAAUGGACAUUACAGGAUGCCUUUACUAUAGAGCAGAAACUGACAUUGUCCCUGAGAAUAAAGACCAGAAAACAGGUGGCUACCAUUAUGUAUGCUAAAGGCAUAGUGGACUAUAGCAUUCUAGAGAUAUACAAUGGAAUGCUUCAGUAUAGAUUCAACUGUGGGAGUGGUGAAGGGAUUGUUAUCAUCCCAUUGUUGAUCAGUGAUGGGGAAUGGCAUACUGUCAUGGUGGAGAGAUUUGGCAAAACAGCUGAGCUCAUUUUAGAUCACACCUACUCUAGUAUGACCAUGUCACCAGGAACUAAUGAUAUCCUUGACCUUAAAUCUAACAAUGUAUUUUUUGGUGCUGAAGUUGAGGUUUACAAUGGCUACUCUGACAUCAGAAGAGGGUUUGAAGGAUGUAUGGAGAACAUACGUUUGUACAAUGUACGACUGCCAUUUGAUGGAAGUAAUGCCAUUGCCUUGGAUCAAGAGUUCAAGUAUCUACAGUUCCAUUGUAAAGACACUUACCAGAGCCCUACUGGAACAAAUAUCUGUAGCACUUUUCCAUGUGAUAAUAAUGGUAACUGUGAAGUCUCGGGAAGCAGCUAUAUUUGUACAUGUUCCGAUAGAUUCUACGGGUCUCGAUGUGAGAUAGACAAAGAUCCAUGUGCCAAUAGCCCUUGCCAGAAUAAAGGCCAGUGUAUAAACAAGAAAGACAUUCCCAAUGAUUUUGAAUGUAGAUGUCCUUCACCUUUUCGUGGCAAAUUCUGUGAAUAUGGUAAAUACUGUUCUGAAGAUACCUGCAAAAACAAUGGCAGUUGUGUAGAAGGACCGAAAGCUAUGGUCUGUAACUGUUUAGGUGGAUUUGAAGGUGAAAAUUGUCAGAAGAUAGUGAGUGCCUGUAGAUCUAAUCCAUGUCUGAAUGGAGCCACAUGUCACAAUGCAGAUAAUACAUAUAUCUGUAACUGUACAGAGAAAUCAGCCGGGCGUAACUGUGACGAACUUAUUACACCAAAUAUGAUCUCUAACUCAGCGGGUAUUACACAGGAGGAACUCUUUAUUAUCAUUGGAGUUGCUGGGGGAUUAAUUUUUCUUGCUUUCCUAUUUGUUGCCAUCCAAUGUAUCAGACGUCGUCAGAACAGUCGCUAUGGUAACAUCACAUUGGGAAUUCCAACAGACGAAACAGAUGUAAUGUUACGUUCAUUAAAGGAAGAUUCUUGUAAAAAUGGCAUAAAGAAAAGUAACGUGGAUAUCACUCAUCCACCACCAAGUCCACGACCACCGCCAGUGCCCGACAGACCAGCUUCGUACACUCCCAGCAACCAUGAUUCUCUAAACACUUUGAAUAACUUUGACAAUGUUAGAAAUUACGGCAGUGCUGCUGACGAGUUAGAAAACAUUCAAAACAUUCCAUAUUAUGCCGAGUAUUUACAAACAUUUGCACCACUACCUCGUAUGGUUGCUAGUCAGGCGCCAUCUCUAGCACCUUUGCCUUCAUCUAAUCCUCCGUCUGAUACAGACUCUAUUCAGAAGACACCAUGGGAGAUGGAUAACAUGCUUGAACAUACAGAUAAAAAUCAUCCAGAGAAACUGUACAUUAAGAAUAUCCCUGGUCCACAGGUUGGACCACCAGAUAAUAUCUCAUUUAGCAGUUUACCUGUAUCAGAAUCAGAGGAUGAACCAGCUGCAUCAAAAUCAGGUAGAAGAAAGAAACGGAAAGAUUAUCACUGGGACGCCUCAGACUGGGCCCCUCGUCCAUCAUUACCAAAUAUCAGUGAAGUACCAAACAGAGAAUGUCCAGAUUCACCAAGUUCUAGUCCCCAUAGUAAUGAGUCUAAUGAACAUGCUGAUUGUCUGCAGCACCAUUACAAUAAUGACGUUUACACUGACGGAGAAAUGAUUGAAUCUGAAUACGUCGGUGAUUCAGAGUUUGCUGACAAUGAGUGUGACACUGACCAUUACUUAAAUCCACCAAAUUAUCAAGAAAUCUUUUCUCAGUAUAUAAACAAUGACGAUUCAGGAAACCAAGACACGAGUUACGAGCUUCCAGAACACAAUUUUCGUAUGCAUCCGAAUGAGUAUUUACCAAUGUACAAUUUAAAUGAUGAAUCUCGAGAUGAGUACAGUGACAAUGAUAAUUUCCCCGAUCCACCAGAAGAAUUUCGAGGAGGAGAAAAUCGUGUUAGUCAGUUAAGUGAGGAUGACUUAGAUGACAAUGACGAAGUAGUGCAUUAUGGGUUUCCAUCUCGACAACCUUUACUUGGUCUCCAAGGAAACAUAACAGACAGUGAAUACAAUGUGCGAUCAUCCAUGAUUGAUUCUAUGGGGGGCUAUACAUCAACAAAUGCUUCAAUGUCAGACAUUUCAGGACUUUGUGAAAUUGAAGAUAGCGAAGUAAACUUUAGUGAUGAAAGUGGGGAUGAAAACAAUGAGAGAACACCACUGAACAUUGAUCGUCUUCAUACACAAGUAUAAUCCAAGGACAUGACUUAGAUUCUGUGUUCAAUAUAAUGGUUAACAUGACCACAUGAGGUUGUUAUGGACCAAUCAGAAGUCCUUGAUUUUUUUCAUUUAUUUAUAACGAAUGGUUGUAAAAUGUUUGUUUAGGCAAAUAGUUAUAAAUUUGGUGCUAUAAAUACACCUUUCUCAUCAGACACAAUAGCCUUACUAAUAGGGCAGAAAGAUCUGUUUUUUUCCACGAUUGUCAGUCUUGCAUUUUUUUAAUAUAAAAAUUACUUUUUUAUGGUUUUCAUUGUUUUAUUCAUUCAUUUCAUUUUUUUUGCAUAUUGUUUCAUUGCAAGUAAUUCUUAUGAUGACCAAUUUACCUCAUCAAAAUAAAUCUUACAGCUUUUUGACAUUGCUUUAAGAUGAUGUUAAUGAAGCAAACUGCCAGGUUGUUGCAUAUUAAUUGGUUUUGUAUAAUGACAGUAGUUACCUUUGUGAUCAUGGUUGUAGCAUGCAUCAGUCUUUCACACAUUUAUUAUCCAGUAUGUAUGGUUGUUCAGAUAUACCAGUAAGAAAUAAAACUUGAGAUCUAAAUAUACAGUGAAACCUCAUUAUUUAAAUGAUAAAAUUAACCAAACAUUUUAUUAAUAUAUGUUUACUUACAAAGAGUCUAAAUAUAUGCUAAAAUAUAAAAAAAAAGAUGGAGAAAAAUGGACACAAAACAUAUACAAAAGAGAAAAAAUGGCUUAAACAUUUAAGAAUACAGAAAUGAAAACCCCACAUUCAGAUCCUUUCAAAAGGUUUUACUGUAUGUUAUCUGUGACAAUACAGAUAUAUAUUUUGCCAAAAUUUGUUUAUACCUUUGUUGUGUUAAUCAACUAGAUAUAGAUGGUUGUUUGACUUAUUGUCAUGUGGCUUAUUGUCAUGUGACUUGUCAUGUGACUUAUUGUCAUGUACUGUUGUUAGUGAUCAGUUUGGUUGUUUACAUUUUAUCAGAUGUAUAAUACUAUUGUUUUCUUCUGCUCAUGCAAAUUUAUUACCUCAUUUGCAUAAAUUUGUAUAUUUAAUCAAAUGCAGUUGUUUCAUGACAGUUCAUAUGUUGUUGUUUUCAGGAACAGUUCAUUUAUGUAAUUAACAACAAUUGAACAUUUUAUUUUGAAUUUCUGAACACAUACAAUAAACUUUAUUUAAAUUUCUAAUGUUUUAUGAAAUAUUUACACAGAAGGUUGUGCUUUUAUUGAAACAGCAGAAAAAUAUUUUUUUUUUAAUACCACAUUAAGUUUUUAAGAAAAUAUGAUGGAAGGUCAUCAUACAUUAAAUAAUUUUUGGCAGAAAAAUGAUUGAGGAAGGUCUAAUUAUAGAUGUUUAUUAGAUACAUGUUAAGUGCAAUGGGCUAAAGGUUUUAUUGUUUAAGUGCUUAAUAACUGUGAUAAAAACUUAACAAAUUUCUUCAUAUUUUUUCUAGAAUAAUUUUAUUUCUAGGAUUAAUCAUAUUUAAAAUAAGCUAAACAAAUUUAUAUUGAUAACAAAGAUUUGACAGGAUAAAUUUUAACAUGACACAAAUUGAUUUAAUUAUAUGCAUCCAUAUCAUAUAUAAGACAGCAGGGUUAUAUUUAGACCUGUGUUCAAACCAAUGGGAGUUAAUGUCUCAUUCCUCAUUCAACCAUUGGAAUCGUAAUGAUUUUACAAUGUACAUUGUUUCAUUUACUGAUAGAUUUUACUUCAGGAGGACUUUUAUAGAAAGUAACUAAUGAAGGACUGUUAGCCAAAAAAGAUAUGAUAUCCAUAAGUCUUUAUCAGUGCUUAUUAAAUUGUACUUUAGUUUUUUUUAUUAAGAUUUGUAUUCAACUGCUAUUGCCUGAUAUAAACUUGACUUUUGAAUUAAGAUACAUGUGGUUGCUUGAAUUAAAAGGCCAGUCAAUGUUGAUACUAUUUUAGAAAUUUAUUACAAAUUUAUAGGCAAUUUGUACAUACAAAUUUAAUCAUAUUUUCAUGAUUUCAUGACAUUUUUACAUUCAUAAGGUUGUACACAGUGGAGUGUGUAUUUUAUGAUGACAGUUUUUUUGUUGAAUGUAUGUUUUAAAUGUGAUUUACAUUAUUUUUAUAGAUAAUGUGUGAAUGAUAUUUUUAAGUUUUGUGAUUGUGAGCUUCAGGUUAUGAACCUUAGUAUUGUGUUGAUGUAAAUAAAAAAAUGACGAAAUUAAAAUUUAUAAAACUUGA